UUCUGCAACCUACUGCAGUCCGAACUCCUCUUUUGUUAUCACCAGACAUUUCUGCAUUCUCUUCACCAUGGCCUGCAGCAAUGCUUCUCCAAGGCCCUAGCUCUGGUUACUGGCGAAUUAGUGGAGAGUAUUCAGAAUUUGGCAACCGUAUGGCUGCCGGCCAAAACCCUUGUGGCGAAGGGCCUAGAGUCACGUUUUUCCGUCCACCCCUCUGGCCUGAUUAUGCGGCUGACCCCAUCUGGCUGUCCCUGGAAGGAACACUUCUUCGCACUGGAAAAGGAGAUGUUUGUUGAUGCGGAUGUCACGCAGGAGAAGGACCAUCUACCCUUCAGUAAGCGGCCUGUCUUCCUCGUCGUCGAUCGCCCUAAUGACUUCUCCGUUCACGCGAUUCCCAUCGUCGCAGACCAGCCCUUCUCGAAGCGGGUUCCACUUCCAGAGGCGUGGGCUGGCAAACGCGAGGAAGAACUGGACCAGGCCGUCGGUAUCAGUGGUUGCGUUUUUGUACACUCCAACUGUUUCCUGGGCAUACACAAGACUCUGGAUGGAGCCCUCGAAAUGGCCAAACUCGCCCUUAAAGCCGCUGGCUAUUUGUAA